GCCCCCCACGAGGACCAGGCCGGUCCCCCCUACGAAGCGAGGAAGGAAGGAAGGAAGGCGUGCAAAACAAGGCAGGCAGGCAGCCGGCGAGGAAGGAGAAGGAAAGAAGGAGAAGCCGGGAGCGAAGCAAAGGCCGAACCAACUUCCCAACAACUUCGGAACAAAAGGAGAAGAAGAAGAAGCAGAGAGCGAGGAAACCAAGCCAAGGAAGGAAACUUCCUCACCCCGGGAGCUUCGGUGCGACGCCGGGCGCCUGCUGCUGCCUCUUCGUAAAGACUCCUUUCGAAGCCCAGAAACACCGGGAAACCCUCGCCCACUUUCUCCGCUUUGCCCCCUCCCCCCCGAAUCCCACCGCCCGGGCAUCGUGACCCCUUGGAGUGGGACUCUUCUUGGGCGCCCACCCCAAGCCGGAGAGCCCUUGCCCGCGUUCUCCUCUCUCGGUGGGAUGCUCCCGGGACCCCUUGUGCUGCUGCUGCUUCUGUGCUCCUCUUCCCGGGGGUCUUCUCGGGGGUCUCCGCAUCAGCUGUGCCCGGCGGAGGCGCCCUUCGACGCCCUCUACGCCUCGGGGCUGGAGGCUCAGUCUCGCGGGGACUUCUCCGUGGCCGUGUCCUGCCUGGAAGGCGCCCUCGAGGCCGAGAAGCGCCUCCGGGAGACCCGCCUGCGCUGCGGGAGGCGAUGCCGGGCACGGGAGACCCUCCCUUUGGGGGCAGAAGGAGGAGGGGAAGGGGAUCCGUGGGGCCCGGGCGCCCCCCUCCUCCUCCUCCGCCGGGCCCGCUGCUUGCGCUCCUGCGCCCACCAAGCCGGCCUGCGAGCCUCGUCCCUGCCCCGCGCCAGCGAAGAAGUGCGCGCAGACUUCCAGCGACGCCUCCCCUACAGCUUCCUCCAAAGGGCCUACAGCCAGUUAAACCAGCUGGACAAAGCGGCCGAUGCGGCACACACUUUCUUCUUGGCCAACCCAGAACAUAUGGAGGUGCAGCAGGACCUGGAGACCCUCAAGACCACGGCAGGGAAGGUGGAGUUGGUGGACCGAGAAGCCAAGCCUCACCUGGAGAACUAUCUUUUGGGAGUUCGACACUAUGACACGGAAGACUUCCAGACAGCCAUUGAAUUCCUAGAACAGGCCUUGCGCGACUACAACGUUGCCGACACAGACUGCCGAAUCUUGUGCGAAGGGCCGCAGAGAUUUGAAGAAUAUGAGUAUCUGGACUAUAAAGCCACCCUCUACGAAGCCAUUGCAGAGCACUACAUGCAAGUCCUGGUGUGCCAGCAUGAAUGCGUGAGGGAGUUGGCGACGCGGCCGGGGCGGCUCUCUCCCAUCGACAACUAUCUUCCGCUGCAUUAUGACUUCUUGCAGUUCUCCUAUUACAGAGUCGGCGAUUACGUCAAAGCCCUGGAGAACGCCAGGUCCUACCUUCUGUUCCACCCCGAUGACGAAGACGUCUUGGACAACGAGAGCUACUACGAAAGCCUCUUAGAAGGAUCGGUGGACCUGGGAAGCAUCAAGCCCAGGGAGGAAGCUGUGACAUUCCUCAGGCGGCAUAAGCUGGAGGCCUACCUGCUACGGACCGGAGCCACUGGGCUGGGUUUCUUGUACACCGAACCGAGUUAUUGGAGCGUCUCUGGAUCCCGACAAGAUGAGAACAGGAUUCCUUCAGGGGUCCACAGUGACCAAACGGACAUCUCCGGGAGGCCAGGAAAGAAGACCAUGCCAAAAUUGGACCGUGAGUUGAGAGAAGGUGGUCCCCUCCUUUUUGAGGACGUGAAGCUGGUCUACAACUCAGAGCAGAUGAACGGGACGCAGCGGGUGCUGAUGGACAACGUGAUCUCCGAGGAGGAGUGCCGGGAGCUGCACCGCAUUGCCAAUGGCGUCCUCUUGGCUGGAGAUGGAUACCGAGGGAAGACCUCCCCACACACCCCAAACGAGAGGUUCGAAGGGGCCACCGUCCUCAAGGCGCUCAAGUUUGGCUACGAGGGCCGUGUCCCUCUCAAAAGUGCCCGGCUCUUCUACGACGUGAGCGAAAAGGCGCGCCGGAUUGUGCAGUCCUACUUCAUGCUUAAUGCCACGCUCUACUUCUCCUACACGCACCUCGUGUGCCGGACCGCGCUCUCAGGGCAACAGGAGCGGAGGAAUGACCUGAGCCACCCCAUCCAUGCGGACAACUGCCUCCUGGACCCCGAAGCCAAUGAAUGUUGGAAGGAGCCGCCGGCUUACACCUUUCGAGAUUACAGUGCUCUUCUGUACAUGAACAAUGAUUUUGAAGGCGGCGAGUUCAUCUUCACCGAGAUGGAUGCCAAGACAGUCACGGCUUCCGUCAAACCCCGUUGUGGGCGCAUGAUCAGCUUUUCCUCCGGCGGCGAAAACCCUCACGGCGUGAAGGCCGUCACCAAGGGCCAGCGGUGCGCGGUUGCGCUGUGGUUCACCCUCAACCCCCUGCAUCGGGAACUGGAACGGAUCCAAGCUGACGAAGUCGUCGCCGCGUUAGAUCAGGAGCCUUUUGCACCCAGAGAACUCGACAUCAACCCCAGAGACGAGCUUUGAGACCCUCGGGACACGCGGACACUGGAUUGAAAUAUUUAUUUAAUAUUUGAAUUUUUAAGAAAAGUCUUAUCAGAGCCCUUUAUUUUUGUACAGAGCCUCAGUAUAAAUUAACGGACGGUGAUAACUUAAUGGACUCAUGCACAUCCUCCUCGUGCAUUGGACACAGCUCAAGCUCAAGUCACAUUCAUGUGUUUCGUAUUUCUUGGUGGCCUUUGGACUUCUUAUGUCCAGUUUCUCCAGCCUCUGCAAUGUGCCAACUCUUUUCUUUUCUUCCCCAAUUUGAUAAUAUCUAGAAGUGUUGCCAAAGGUUUUCAUGGCUGGAAUCACUAGGUUGGUGUGAGUUUUCCAAGCUGUCUGGCCAUGUUGCCGCAGCAUUCUCCCAUGACGUUUCGCCUGCAUCUGUGGCUAAUACCAUCCUCUGUGCUUCUGUUGGCAAUGAAGCAAGUGGAGUUUAUAAACCUGUGGAAUGUCCAGAGCAGGAGAAAGAACUCUUGCUUGUGAAAGCAAGUAUGAAUGCUACAAUUAGCAAGCUUGAUUAGCAUUAAGGAGCCAUUAAGAUGCACAGGGAAUCAGUGAGGGUAUCUGUAAAUAGAGGUAGCCUUGCCUCUGGGUUGUUGUGUGUUUUCCGGGCUGUAUGGCCACGUUCCAGAAGUAUUCUCUCCUGACGUUUCACCCACAUCUAUGGCAGGCAUCCUCAGAGGUUGUGAGGUAUAUGGAGAAACUAAGCAAGGAAGGUUUAUAUAUCUGUGGAAAGUCCAGGGUGAGAGAAGAAGUCUUGUCAGUUGGAGGCCAGUGUGAAUGUUGUAAUUGAUCACCUAAAUUAGCAUUGAAUAGCUUCAUCUCCUGGCUUCUUCCUGCCUGGGGGUAUCCUUUGUUCAGAGUUGUUAACUGCCCCAGAUUGAUUCACGUCUGGAACUCCUCAGACGUAGCAGGGCACUUGAUGAACCAACCUGGACACAGAACAUUAUUUGAGAACACAGAAAUGCUUGACCACUCU